CCUUUUGAAUUUAAAUGACUUACGUCGCCGAAAUGACGUCCUCUUUCCCCGCUAUCAGAAAGGAGGUCUGGAACUUUAGGUCCAGCAUCCAUCGAUAAAUCACAAUGGCCGAGGAAGGCAUCGCAGCCGGAGGUGUGAUGGAUGUCAACACCGCUCUCCCGGAAGUGCUCAAGACCGCACUCAUCCACGAUGGUCUGGCCCGCGGGAUCCGUGAAGCUGCCAAAGCCCUGGACAAGCGGCAGGCCCACCUCUGUGUCCUUGCUGCCAACUGCGAUGAGCCCAUGUACGUAAAGCUGGUGGAAGCUCUGUGUGCUGAACACCAGAUCAACCUCAUCAAGGUUGAUGACAACAAGAAGCUGGGCGAAUGGGUUGGGCUCUGCAAGAUCGACAGGGAAGGGAAGCCCCGCAAGGUGGUGGGCUGCAGCUGCGUCGUCGUCAAGGAUUACGGCAAGGAGUCCCAAGCCAAGGACGUCAUUGAGGAAUAUUUCAAGGCUAAGAAAUAAGAUGUGAAUAAAAGCCUUUGGAGUGAA